AUGGGCGACGGUGAUGGCGAACAUGGAUGGCGUUACACAUGGGAAGCACAGUCCCAUAUCCCAACGCUGCGUUUAAUGCUCUUCCCCAAUGACAAAACCCUAAAAUCCUCUAUUCAAUGCCACGACCUCGCCGUCAGCCUUCACUCCUCACACUCUUUCCUCACUCUCACAACCUCCUCCCUCUCCGUUAGGGUUCCGCUUCCAGCCGUUUUACUCGAUGCCGACUCUCCGGUCACAUUCCGCGCACUUUCCGACCACAUCGAGGUCAAGCUCCUCCUCCUCCUCCCCGUAGACCACCCCAUUCUCUCCAACCUCCAUCCUUCCCCAAAUCCGCUGCCGGACCCUCUCAUAUUAGAAUCUGAUGUGACAAAAUUGUCUUCUGCAGGAGAAGUUGACUUUUACUGCAGUACUUGCACCUUCAAGUUGACCAAAAUUCCUCUCAGGUAG